AGAAAUUUUGGUAAAGCAGUGGGCUCCCGUCGCCUGUGCACCCUGCGCAUAUUCCUCACGCUGGCGGGGCCGCCCACCAAAAUCGCGACCGUUACAGAAGCAGCGGGAAGCUUUCGAGUCUCCCUCCUCGCCACUCGUUCUUGGCCGCCAGGUGACUCGCCACCUACCCCCGUCUCCCGUAUAUAGAAGCACGAUCUGAGUUCCUUCCUCCUUUUCCUCCUAACCGUCAGUCCCGCCACCCACGUCCCUCUGCAACCCCUCUCCGUCGACCACUGGAGUCAUCAAGUUUUCCCAGUUUUUCCCCCUUCCGCAGGAGAAUCUGUGGUCGAUGCUACUUGGUUGGUAAUCAAUGGCCUCCAGAGCCAUUGUUCUCCCCUACCCAUCUUGUCCUCCUUUAGCCAAUCCCAGGGCUCGCAUCCACAUUGCGACUCCCCUGAAUUUGAAACUCCACCCCUCUUCUUCCGGUCUAUACACCAAGUGGGUCCCUCGGAAGCUUGCCCUUCGUCCUCUAGCUUCGCACGUCUGCCCAGAUGGUGAGGUCCGCCCGGGGGAUUCCGGCGACGAGGAGGUCGACCUUCGGAUGGAGGAGCGAAUUGCUGAAACCGCUGAUGGUCGUGGGGCGGAAUUGCCCAUCGGCAUCUGGCAGCAGGUCAAGGACAUCGUGGCGUUUGCCGCCCCGGCAGCUGGCCUGUGGAUCUGCGGCCCGAUGAUGAGUCUCAUCGACACAGCAGUCGUGGGGCAGAGUAGUUCCGUGGAACUCGCUGCAUUGGGGCCGGGAACGGUUGUCUGCGAUUACAUGAGUUACAUAUUCAUGUUCCUUUCGAUAGCUACGUCCAACAUGGUCGCUACUUCGCUCGCAAAAAAGGAUAGCGAGGAGGCUCAGCGACAUAUAUCCAUGUUGCUUUUUGUUGCCUUAGCUUCUGGCCUUGGGAUGCUUUUCCUUAUGAAAUUCUUUGGCGCCCAGAUACUAUCUGCUUUUAUUGGACCCAAAAAUUUAGGCAUAGUUCCUGCUGCAAAUUCAUAUGUUCAGAUCCGAGGAUUAGCAUGGCCUGCAGUUCUUGUUGGCAUGGUUGCUCAAAGUGCAAGUUUGGCGAUGAGAGACUCUUUUGGACCAUUGAAAGUAUUAGUGAUUGCCAGUGUGGUGAAUGCAUUUGGAGAUGUUGCAUUGUGCUGUUUCUGGCACUAUGGCAUUGUUGGUGCUGCAUGGGCAACUAUGGUAUCACAAUUUCUUGCAGCAUUUUUGAUGGUUGACUCCUUAAACAGAACUGGUUUCAAUGCGUUUCUGCUCUCAAUUCCAUCAGCAAGUGAACUUCUACAAAUAUUUGAACUUGCUGCUCCAGUAUUUGUGACUAUGUUCUCUAAGGUUGCUUUCUAUUCACUUCUUACUUAUUUUGCUACAUCAAUGGGGACAAUUACUCUUGCAGCACAUCAGGUUAUGAUAGGUGUAUUCUGUAUGUGUACUGUAUGGGGUGAGCCUCUUUCACAAACAGCACAAUCAUUUAUGCCAGAAUUGAUAUAUGGCAUCAACCGGAAUCUGGACAAGGCAAAACAACUACUGCAGUCACUUGUGAUCAUUGGGAUUUGUACAGGACUCUUGUUGGGAACUAUAGGAACGAUGGUUCCUUGGCUCUUUCCCUAUCUUUUCACAAGUGAUCAUAACGUUGUCAGUGAGAUGCAAACAGUGUUGCUGCCCUACUUUGUGGCUCUUGUGAUUACGCCUCCAACACACAGCCUUGAAGGGACCUUAUUGGCAGGGCGCGACCUUAAGUUCUUGAGCUUGUCAAUGAGCAGCUGCUUUUCCUUCGGCAGCCUUCUGCUACUGCUCGUCAGUUACAAAGGGUGUGGUUUACUUGGAUGUUGGUGGACACUUUCAGUAUUCCAAUGGGCACGAUUUUUACUUGCUGGACGGAGACUGACUUCUUCACAAAGUGUGGUUUUGUCAGACAGGCUGAGCAGCGAGAAUCUUAGCAAGCUGAAAGCUGCAUAGCCUUCCAUUUGACCAUUGGUCUGCCGUGGUUUUGGUUCUUGUUGGUGUACAUGUCUCCUUUGCUGGUUCCAGGUUCACUGGUAGGAAGGUUGUUGCAGAUGGGGAGUCCCGCAAUGCACCAGUUGCACUACUAUUACAGUUGAUUCUUCCAAAAAAGCAGCAAUGCAAAGGGGAAUACCGCAGUGCACCAGUUACACUAGUAUUACAGUCGAUUCUUUCAAUAAUCCAGCAAUAUGAGAGUGAAAAUUUACAUACAAUGUGGAAACUCCUGUGCUGGUGACGGGACAAAGAUUUACUGCAUUGAGGGGGAAAAGCUCUAAGACUAGGACGCUCAUCCCCCAGUAGCUAUUUAGGCCAUUAUUCUUGUUAAUACGCAUUAUCCACAUGUGUACCAUGCUGCAUUUCUCUGUAAUCAUAAGAAUGCUGAGUGAUGUAUGUACUUUCAAGUUUCAUCUAGUCACAAGAAUGAUGCAUAUUGAGAAAAGAAUUCAGAGAUGUCUCACUAGCAUAUCUGUUAUGUAUUUUGCUUUAUUUUCAGGUAA